CCUUAACCUUUCCAUAAAUGGAACUGCUGGCCUGGAAUCCCAUUCUUCUGAAUGUCCUUCGCUCCGCCCCUGCGCUCGCCCCCGCCCGGUCGCCACGCAUGCGCCCGGGGAAGUCGCCUGUCCACAUUACCCGCCUGGCGCCGGGAGGAGGAGCUUGUGCUGCCGCUGCCACCUCCACUUCGUCCCGGCGGGCGCUUGGUCGUAGGUCCUCGCCCGGGCCCAGCCGCGCUGCGCUCCUCAUGAGCGGCGGCGGCUGAUGAGGCUUCGCCCCGAGCGGAGGUGAGGUUCAAAUUAUCAAACACAGAUUUUCUUUUCACUAUUGAAGCAUUCUGGUUGAUCAUCCCUUCAUCCCUAAGCAGUGCCUCAGUCUAACUUGAUAGUUUCAGAACCAUGGCAACAGAAGAAAAAAAACCAGAAGCAGAAGCCACAAAAACACAAUCUACACCUUCCUCAUCAACCAAUCAGAGCAAGCCUGCACCUGUAAAGCCAAAUUACGCAUUAAAGUUCACACUAGCAGGACACACUAAAGCUGUAUCUUCGGUAAAGUUUAGUCCAAAUGGAGAAUGGUUAGCAAGUUCUUCUGCAGAUAAGCUCAUUAAAAUUUGGGGAGCAUAUGAUGGAAAAUUUGAGAAAACAAUAUCUGGGCACAAACUGGGAAUUUCGGAUGUUGCCUGGUCAUCAGAUUCUAAUCUUCUUGUGUCUGCUUCUGAUGAUAAAACUCUUAAGAUAUGGGAUGUUAGUUCUGGAAAGUGUCUAAAAACACUGAAGGGUCACAGUAAUUAUGUCUUUUGCUGCAACUUCAAUCCCCAAUCCAACCUCAUCGUUUCAGGAUCUUUUGAUGAAAGCGUAAGGAUAUGGGAUGUAAAAACAGGAAAGUGCCUCAAGACAUUACCUGCUCAUUCUGACCCUGUUUCAGCUGUUCAUUUUAAUCGUGAUGGAUCCUUGAUAGUAUCAAGUAGUUAUGAUGGUCUCUGUCGAAUCUGGGAUACAGCAUCAGGUCAAUGUUUAAAAACACUUAUUGAUGAUGAUAAUCCUCCUGUGUCUUUUGUGAAAUUCUCUCCAAAUGGUAAAUACAUUCUUGCUGCAACUUUGGACAACACUCUUAAGCUAUGGGACUACAGCAAAGGGAAGUGCCUGAAGACAUACACUGGUCACAAGAAUGAGAAAUACUGCAUUUUUGCUAAUUUUUCAGUCACUGGUGGAAAGUGGAUUGUGUCUGGAUCAGAAGAUAACCUGGUUUACAUUUGGAACCUUCAGACAAAAGAGAUCGUACAGAAAUUACAAGGCCAUACAGAUGUUGUGAUUUCAACAGCUUGUCACCCUACAGAAAACAUCAUUGCAUCAGCUGCAUUAGAAAAUGACAAAACAAUUAAACUCUGGAAGAGUGACUGUUAAGCCCUUUCAAUAUCAUGUUAGAGACUGUAUCAAGAAGAAGUAGAUUCUAUGAGGCAAGAAACUAAGAUAUUUGAGAAUGGUUUCUUGGCCUAAAGGGAAAUCCCUCUUUUUCUUCCCUGGAAUGGGUAGCCUGGUGAGAAGAGGCAGCAUCUGCCUUAUUUGACAUAUGGAUCCUUUUCUUAUUUUUUUGUUUUAAGGGGAAAAAAUUUGCUUGUAUUACUAGAAGGUCCCCAAAGACUUUGGUGAUGCUUCUUGCCAACUCUCCUGAUGCUGUCAAAGGAGGAGUUUCAAUCUAUAUUGUGUAUAAAUCGAGUCAGCAAAAACCUGAAUUUUUAAUUUUUUAUUACAGAAGGAUAAAUUUCAUUUCAUCAUGAAUUUUUCCUCAACUAAAUGUUCUGUAAUUUUUUAAAAGAUAUCACCCACUUCUAACUCUGUGACCAAAUACAACCAUGUAAGUUUUGGCUUUCUGUCCCCCAGUUUCACUGACCUUGUAGUGAAAUAUCUUUUAAUCUGUAUAGUUUUACCUCUUGCUAUGUAUGUUUAAUAGAUGCUAUUAUAUCACAAGUUGUCUACUUUCCCCCCCAAAAAACCCAUUAAUUCAUGCUUGUAGAAGUUCGCAGCACAUUUUGAAGUCUUUCUGGGGAAAAACAAAACAACACUCAAAACAUUGUAAAGUUUUUCAAUGUAAAGACGAUUUUGUAUCUUUAAAGUUCAUAGUAUGGAACUGUUAAUGGCAUGACUGUAUACUUCAGCCUCAAUAUUUUCCCGUUUGUCACACUCUUGUUUACACAUCUGACAGUACCAUGUGCUGUAAUAAAAAGGUGGGAUUUUGUGUACA